AUUCUACGUGAGCCCGUCGAGAGUAUGACUAUUCCCUCGUAAUCAGUGUUUAUAUUCAUAAUUAUCAUAAAGGAUUAGGCCUCUCAUCCAGUAAUGGCCUUAAUUUAGAAGACAGGUUACGGACUGUAGCUGUAUUAGGGUGGUGAUAUCAAUUCUGCCCACUCCUGGAUCUGGGGAAAUCUUAAUUUUGGAAACUCACCCGUUGUGCACAGUCAGGACCCACUGGAGCAAGAGUGAAAUCAUCGAAGCGAUGGACCAGCCCAUCAAUCCGUACAGAGGCCACCAAGACACCAACCCACCGGUACCUCGAUAUGGUUCCACCGAUGACAAGGAGCGGGUCAAUAAUUCGGAUCUUACUCCAAGGAGUGCAAGUACUGUUCAUAUCAUCACAAGCGACGACAACAAGGAGAAUGAGGAUAUUUACAAGUUUACCCCUCACGUUCCGGUAGCAUACGAUGAGACUUUCAAGGAAUCCGAAUCUGUUAAGGGAUUUCCCUUCAUGAAAGAAGUAAACGGAUCGAUUUUCAAAUACACUCACUUCGCCCUGUACGCCACUCUGACCCUCAUCCUCGGGCCCAUCUUCUCCUUCGUCUGGGCAAUCGCUUUCGCCCUCUUUCACAUCGUCAUCAUCUGGCUGAUCCAACCCGUCAUCAAGUUUGUCUACUUGGGGCUCAGGGUCUCCAGUCUCCUCUUCGCUCCAAGCAUUCGACUGUUCCUUGACCCGAUCUGGAUUUCGACCUCCUUGGUCUUCUCCAACAUCCGGGCAUGGUGUCGGCUGAACAAUUCGGAUAUAACCUUAAACGUGAAAAACAGCCAAGUUUAGCA